GAGAGCGAGAUCGGACAGCUUCUUGUCGCUGGCAAGCCCGCCGUUCCCCUCCGCGGUGAUUCAUCCCAUCGACUGAGGGUCUGGAUCACUCGUUGUGUGCCAACCCCAUUGCAGAUCUGCAGUGUGCACGAGACAUCCUCCACGGCGGUGGCUAGUUCCGAAUUUUCUCACGUGGGUAGGCUCGUGCCCAGCCAUCCGUCAGACCGACUCUUUUUCUUUUUUUUUUGGCUUUUUGUGGCCCAUACUCUCUUCCUCGACUGCCCAACUUCCCUACAUCGGCUGCCACCCCGUCCACCAGCCUGGAUUUCUCCGAAGGAUCACCCAGCGGCAUCGGAGGCAGGGGUCUGCAGGGUACCAUCCUGGAGCCAAACACAGGAGAGAAUGCUUCGGCUGCCCCCAGUCCCGUGAUGGGAGGUGCCGGCCAUCCAUCUGCCUCUCCGGCUGUCGGGUCCGAUGGCCUCGGACCAGCCAGGAAGCGCACCACCGCCAUGGCGGGCUUGGACAGCUCCCCGGGGAGUAUCGAUGAUGUCGAGGGGCAGGACAAUCACGAGGAGAAGAAGAGACAGCCCGUGAAGCGGGCCUGCAAUGAAUGUCGCCAGCAAAAGCUCCGGUGUGAUGUCAUUCAAGACCCGUGGACCGAUUGCUCCCGGUGUCGUCGCCUGAAGCUGGAUUGUAAGAUCGAAUCCAACUUCAAACGGGUCGGGAAACGCAGUCGCAAUGCCGAAAUGGAACGGGAGAUCAUCGAGCUGCGCAAGCAGAUUGCCACCGUCCAGGCCAGUACCCCGGGGUCCAUGUCGCAGCCGCCGCCCCCGUCGCUGCCCCCGGCCCAGACGCCCAAGCAAGAGACCGCCAGUCAGGUCGGCUCGGGGGUCUAUCAUACGCCGUCGGCCAUGUCGACCGACCAGUAUAUGGGGUCCCAUGAAGCGGUGGCGUCGCUGCUGGAUUUGCGCUCGGGCUAUGACGGGACGAGCUACAUGCGAAAUGGGAAUCAUCAUUUCAAGCGCAUCGAAGAUGUCGCUGUCGUUCCCGAGCGGGUGACCGAGCUAUUCAACCUGUUCUUCACCUUUUAUCAUCCUUUUCUACCCUUCCUGGAUCGCGAGCAGACCCCCGAUGAAUAUUACCACGCCUCGCCCCUGCUGUUCUGGACCAUCAUUAGCGUGGGCGCGCGGCGCUUCCAAGCCGACACUCACCUUCUUAAUUCCCUCUCGGGCCCGGUUUCGCGACUGGUGUGGAGUACGCUGGCGGACAUCCCACAAAGCUACCACGUCGUGAAGGCGCUUUGCUUGCUCUGUACCUGGCCGUUUCCGACCAGCAGCACGUCCACGGACCCCACCUUUAUGCUCUGCGGCAUGAUGAUCCAAGUGGCGAUGCAGCUGGGUCUACACCGUCCAUCCCAUACGCAAGAUUUCAGCAAAUUCCGGGUGGAGCUGAUUGAAGAGGAGCUCCGCGACAAAGUGCGCACCUGGGCAGUCUGCAACAUCGUUGCACAGCGAGUGGCUACGGGCUACGGCCAGCCGCCGUCCACCGUGUACGACUGGACCCUCUCUUCGAAUGAAUCGAUGGACCCGAAUUUCCGAUUGCCCAAUGACAUCCGGCCCCGACUGGAGAUUGAAAAGUUCUGCGACAAGGUCACCAAAUCUUUGUAUACCAAUCGACGGGACCCUGUCGGAUUGUGCAGCGAUCAAGAGCGGUCGACCUUGAUCUCGUUUCUCUCCCGGGAUUUCGAUGAACUGGAGAACCAGCUGAAGGCACAACACGACUGCAUCACGAAUCUUUAUCUGCGCGCAUCGAAUCUGCACCUCCAUCUGUCCGCCUUUUUCGAUGACACGACCGCGAAGGAUUACCGCGAGCGUCUGCUCUCUCUGUACGUGGCGACCACGUCGUUCCUGGAAGCUGCGAUGAACCUGGAAACGGAGGUCGGCCCCGUGCUGCCCUACACCCCGUACUACGUGUACCAGAUGAUGGUCGCGGGCGGCUGCACCCUGCUGAAACUCUGCAAGAGCUUCUUUGCCGCCCACAUCGACAUGGAUUACGCCAAGAACCUCUUCAACCGGACCAUCUGGGCCAUCCGGGGCGUGUCCGUCUCCAGCAACGACCUCCCGGAACGGUUGGCGGAGGUGGUGGCGCAGAUGUGGCGACUGAACAACGUGCCCACGCCGAAACUGACGGCGGACGGCGGGGAGGUGGACGACUCGCUGAUGCUGAAGGUUCGCUGCCGGAUGAGCAUGUCCCUGCUGUUUGACUCGGUGUGGCGGUGGCGGGAAGACGCGCGGACCAAGGGCCGUAACAUUGAAGCAUAUCUAAAAAACCCCACCAACCCGGAUUCCAACGCCGACUCGUCAAACUCGUCUUCAGUCGUGCCGACGCGCACGUCGACCGCGACGCCGGGAGUGGCCGGGGCGGACCCCAGCCUGGCGCCGGCGCCGAUGCUCGCACAGGCCAGUCUGGGGGUGCCACCGGCGAGCGGAGUGGGCCCGUUGCCGAGCGGGUUCCUGGAGCCGAACUACGAGGUGUUCGACCCGCUGAACUGGCUGCUGGACGGGCUGGUGGAUCUGCCGUAUUCUUACUCUACGAUCUCGGGGAUGGAGUCCCAAGGCAUCGCAUGAGCUUGUUGCUGUUCUAUGACGGGGACCUGGCGUUCUUCUUCUGUUUGAUGACUGAUUGUUGUACUAUACCAGCGGGAUGUCCGAGUCCGC